CUGAGAAACAGAGAAGGCCGCGUCGCCGCUGGUUGACUAUUUGACGUUCUGCCGCGGUCCGUUCCAGUCGUGCCUCUUCAGUUCUUUGUAAUUUCGGUCUUUCCUGGCGGUGAUAGUGCAGGAAACGAACUUAAAAUAGGAAAUUCUAGUUGUUUCGUUUCAAGUUUUAAUUCGCAAUCUACGGUGCGUGCCGCGAGCAGCUUGGUCGUGCUUAAAUUAAAUUAAGGCCGGGGUUAGUGGCUGGGCGCUUGCUCGAACCAGCGACGAAAUCUUUUGUUUACUUUCUUGCACAGCUUCGGCUUCAGAGAAUCAAUCGAGACCCCGUGCGCCUUCUGAGCGGCCUUGCGGAACUGCCUCCGAGCCGGUUUGGGAUUACACAGGUUGCGUUGAACUUCUUAUUGUGGACGACACGGCUAGGGUUCCUCUGCUUGCUCUCGAUAGCAACCGCGAUCCGAACUCGUCCUCUUGUGCGUGCCGCCGCGCUGCGGUUGUCUCGUCCUUUUGCGGUCGUUCCUCCGGGUCUUGUGCCUGAAGUUGUGAUUGGGUUUCUUGUCGCGAAGUGAAUUACCGCUGUGCCGCCGUGAGGACGAUUUGAAUGAGUGGAAUUGUGUGGUUUGCCCAGUUUGGUGUGAUUUCAAUUGGGACAUUGUCGAGCGCGGCAGGGAAGACGAGCCGAAUCGAGGCAGCCCCCAGUGCAUGUGAGGAUUAAAUUGGUGUCUCCCCAGAAACCUGUGUGCCAGCACCAGCCGAGGACUUGCAGAAAUAAUAUCGGCAGACAUAAAACUACCAUCUAAAUAGGAUGCUGCACUUGAUUCCGUUGCAACAGGAAGCUUGACUAAGCCGUUGAAUUAAUGAAUUGAGCAAUCAUCGAACGGCGGACCCUUUUUCAAAUUGCAUAUGCAAAAUUAAAAUGUGUUAAUACCAAAACACGAUUUUCAUUUCGUGACCUAUAAAAUUGCAAUCACUGGUCCGCUGCUUCAUUAGCAGGUUCGUUCUGCCAAAUUCUUGAGGAGUAUCUCCUACAGAUGCAAUGAUACCUUUCAAAAACUUGGCAAAUCUCCAAUAUAGUGCCCACAUAAAUUAAGGUCUACACGUGCCACGCGGAGCCGCUAUUAUUUGUAAUCAUAUUUAUGCUGAAGGCAACGAGGAGGACUGCAAUAGCGACAGUAAAACUUAAAAAAUUGUCAAUGCAUUAGUGCAACAGGGGACCUAGUUCUGAAAAUAUCUAAAAUGACUGUGAAAUUAUUUCGACGGGGUUCGGCGCGAUGCAUAGGGCUUCUGUCGGCGUUUAUUACAAUUCUUUUGUGUCUGUACUAUAUAUCAUUAGGCCAACCUGCGCUACCGCCUAAAAUUGCCCACGUACUAAGACAAAGCAACGAUUUGAAGAAUGCACCCGGUGACGCUAGAAACGCUCAACAUGAUUCAUCUUCAAGUAAUUUUAAAGAAACUGAAUCGGCUGCGGUCAGACAGAGUGCACCUGGUCCUGUUGCUGGCUGGGAAACAUGUAGUCCGUUGAGCGUACGGAAUACGAAUAUAACAACUGCAGAUGAAUAUGCAAAUUUUGAUUUUCAGCCUGAAUGGAUGCGCACCAAAGAAUAUUGGGAUAAACUCUUCGAAACACGUUAUGAGCAGCAGAAGAAAGAUCCAAAAAGACUCCCUCUCAAGGUUAUCAUCGUUCCACAUUCUCACAACGAUCCAGGAUGGCUUAAGACAUUCAUGAGUUACUUUCAAUCGGACUCUAGGCAAAUUCUGAACCUGAUAGUAACUAAGCUGCAAGAAUACAAAGACAUGACUUUCAUAUGGUCCGAGAUAAGCUUCUUACAAUUAUGGUGGGAUCAGGCCCACCCUACUAAGCAAAGAGCUCUGAAGCAUCUGAUACAGUCUGGACGUGUUGAAAUUACAACUGGCGGUUGGGUGAUGACUGACGAAGCGAAUGUACACCUGUUCCCCAUGUUAGAUCAACUUAUUGAAGGUCACCAAUGGGUAAAAACAAACUUAAAUGUGACCCCAGAAGUGGGGUGGUCUAUAGAUCCGUUUGGUCAUGGAAGCACAGUACCGUACUUGUUAUCGGGCAGCGAUUUUGAAGGGGCGAUAAUACAACGAAUUCAUUAUGCAUGGAAGCAAUGGUUCGCUCGUCAUCAAAGCGGCGAUUUCCUAUGGACUCCAUACUGGCAGUCAGUGCCGCCAGCAACAGGCAACAAAGCCCAUCCAUAUAGUUUGUUAACGCAUAACAUGCCGUUCGAUAUCUAUUCAAUCAAGCAUUCGUGUGGUCCCCAUCCUGUGAUUUGUUUGAAUUUUGAUUUCCGUAAAAUCCCCGGAGAAUACACCGAAUAUUCAAUAAAAGCACAGUUCAUAACGGAUGAGAAUGUAGCAGAGAAGGCUAAAUUACUAUUAGAACAAUACUCAAGAACUGCAUCAUUGUUUCCUCAUAACGUUGCGUUAAUCCCAAUAGGCGACGAUUUUCGAUAUAACAAAGAAAGAGAAGUCGACCAGCAAUACUUGAACUACAAGAAAUUAAUAGACCACAUAAAUGCGAAUAAAGAGACUUACAAGACGGAAAUUUCCUUUGGAACCCCUAAAGACUACUUUCGCGAAAUUAAAAAACGUUCUUCGCAAUUUCCAACAUUGAAAGGCGACUUUUUUGUCUAUUCCGACAUUUUCUCGGAAGGACGACCUGCUUACUGGUCUGGAUAUUUUACAACUCGCCCAUUCUAUAAGAUCCUAAGUGGUGAACUGGAGCAUAAUCUUCGCGCAGCAGAAAUUUUAUUUACAAUUGCUUUCAACUAUGCCCGACAAUCUAAAAACCACAAUUCUUUGAAAGUUUUCGAGAAGAAUUACGAGAAAAUGAUUCUGGCACGGAGAAAUCUUGGCUUGUUCCAACAUCAUGAUGCCAUAACAGGGACAUCGAAAGCUGCUGUCAUGCGUGACUAUGGAAUGCGAUUAUUUGAGAGCAUCCAAGAUGUGGUAAAAAUGCAGGAGUCGACUAUUGAAUUACUAAUACAGAAUGAAAACGAGGGAGAUUAUAAGCACGGUUUUGUUCUAAGUGAAUUGGAACGCGACAAUUAUAUUAAACUGCCAAGAAAGACGCCAGUCACUUUAGAGGACAAGAAGGACUCUUUUUUCGUUGUGUAUAAUCCACUCGGCCAAGAAGUAGUUGAAGUGCUAACGAUCAAUUCACCUGUUCCUGGAGUUCAAGUGUUUGAUGACAAAGGGGUGGAAGUCCCCAUUCAAAUCGUCCCUAUAUGGAACAUAACCGACGCUUAUGAAAAUCAACAAGUGUUGUUCAAUGAACGAAUUUCUGUAUCUCCGAGACAAUUUGAAAUAUUGUUUGUAUAUAAGCUGCCUCCUCUGUCACUAGUACUCUUCAAGGUUCAGCAAUCCGAAAAUUAUAAAGACAAACUAUCCACCAUCUACUGUAAUGAGUGCAACGGAAAAAAUCCGAGCGUAUUUGAUAUCAAAGCGAAGCAGCCAGGAGACAUCCAACUUGAAAACUCGAAAAUGCGACUUCUGUUUGACGAAAAGACGGGUUUUUUGAAAACGAUCACAAAGAAGAACGUUGGUAAGGCGAUACAAUGUGCUAUUAAAUUUGCAGCGUACAAAAGUGCCCAAUUCCACUCCGGUGCGUACCUAUUCAAAACAGACCCGGAGCAACAUGAUGCCGAAAAGGAUGUCUUGGAACAAUAUGAAGACAUUCGAAUUUUGAUCUCAUCCGGACCAAUAGCUAGUGACGUUACCGUGCUAUAUAAUCCGUUUUUAGCUCACACCGUUCGGAUUUUCAACACGCAUACUUACUUAGAUGACGCAAUUUACAUAGAAAAUGAUAUAGACUUCGAGCCGCCACCGAAAAACCGUGAAACAGAGUUGUUUAUGCGUUUUGUGACGCAAAUUGAAAAUGGCGACACUCCUGAAUUCUACUCGGAUCAGAAUGGUUUCCAGUAUAUCAAAAGAGUUAAAGUACCAGCUAUCGGCGUGGAAGGCAAUUACUUUCCCAUAACUCAAGCAGCGUUUAUGCAAGAUUCGAAGUUACGACUAACGCUAUUGACAACGCACGCACAAGGUGCAGCUAGCCUGGAACCUGGACAACUAGAAGUCAUGCUUGAUAGACGGACUCUAUACGAUGAUUAUCGAGGACUGGGAGAAGGAAUAGUUGACAGUCAUCUAACGCGUCAUAAAUUCUGGAUCACAUUGGAGUCCAUCCUGUCCACUCCUGCGAAAAAUAAGUAUGAAGUUCCUAGCUUUUUAUCGAACCGAUUGGCGAACAGUCUCCGAUAUCCUGCCAAUAUCUACUUUAUUGAGAAUUCAGAAGAUAGUCCCCCGGCAAAUUUAAAUUCACUUGUCCACCUGUUGAAACACCCACUACCUUGUGAUACACAUCUGGUAAAUUUCCGAACACUUACUGAGGAACAACUGCCGCUGUUCCCUUCCCGAGCUGCACUCCUGAUUUUGCAUCGACAAGGUUCGGAUUGCAAUGUGGGCCUGGGGAGUGUAUUGUGUGAGGAGUCGAAAGGAUUGUCGGACAACCUCUUCAAUAGAUUGCAAAUAGAACGCAUCACCGAAACCUCUCUCACUGGUCUUAGAUCAAAGCACGUUGUACAUAAUUUUGCGAAAACAAGCUUUGAGAUGAUGGAAAUUAAAACAUUUAAUGUAACUCUAAGAUUUUAAACUGUAAAAUAAAUUUUUAGGAGAACCGUGUGUGUUCUUGUUGAAAGUCAUAGCCCGAAGGAGCCUAGUGAUUGGCAUUAUUAUGGUUAUUUUCUUGAAAAUGAUUGUACCUUAAUUUAUGCUAUUUAAUUUAUUCUGAAAGUGAAAACCCGGAUUUAGAGAUUUAGAAAUUCACAUUCCGCAGAGAUCAGGCGUUCCGUUCCAACUCUCUACAUAUUGUUUGAAGCAGCUAACAUUCGGUAGCUGCACUAUUAGUUUUCCAGAUCGAAGUUCAAAUAGAUAUUACUCCCAUGUUUCUUGGUGUUCUGUAAGGCUAAGCUGUAGUGAAUAUCGACGAUGAACGAAUCAUUUUAGAGUUAGGCGAAUAGUUUAAAGUAUUUCGAGUUUGUAUUAGUGAAAGAGAGACUUUAGUAUUUGACGGAAAAUAAACUACGAUUUAUUGUGUCUGUUUUUUACACACAUUUUGGGGACGACUACAAAGUUCAACACGAUAUUCGCCAUGGCUUUCUCCACUUUAUGAAAACUGUCUACAAUUCUCUUUCAUACUUUUUGUACAAAUUCCAAAGAUAUGUAAAACCUUUGAUUAAGAAUUAACUAUACGAUUUCCGAAGAUUUGUUAUUUACAUAUGUAAUAUUUAUGAAACAACUGGAAACAUACAAAAGGUGAUGAUAAUUAUUAUGAUCUUGAAAAAAAUGGCACCUAAAUAGGAAUAAUAUUAUUUUUAUAAAUAGACUGAGUAGUAGCUGUUAUAAUUCUUAGUGAAAUUUAAGAUUCAUGAGAGUGAAGAAGGGAGAGCUAAUCGACGAGCCUAUCACCUCAUGUAGUUAAUUUACAUCCAAUAUAAGUAUAUUUAGGUAGAAUGUGAAAGGCGAUAAAGCGGCUUUUUCUUUGUAAAUGAAAUAGUGAAAAACUAUUAGUUUUAUUUAUACAACGUAAGGUCUAGGUGGAGUAACUUAUGUGUGUUGCUUGUUUGAUAAGUUGAGAAAUAAACGAUGGGAAAUAGAUUGUGAGUCGGUCUAUUGUUUUCUAGCAACCAAUUAAAUGAUUAGGGAAUAAAACAAUGAGAAAAAUAGAGAUCAAUGUAACAAGUUAAGUCCUUGUAAAUACGAUGCCUUUUAGUGAAGAAACCCCAUACUAAAUUGAAUUUGUUUUAGUUGAAUUAUUUAACUAGUUUUUUUAUGAAAUUGUGAUCCUUUUUAUAUAGUUUCGCAUUCUUAAUGGCGCAUCGAAAUUGAAACGUUUCUACUUUGUUAUAAUAUCAGAUUUGCCUAUGCUAAAUUUUAAAGUGGUUUGUAUUUAUUGAAAUGAGACAUUGUUUUCUAGAAAUACAAGUAUACAUUUAUAGUCAAUUA